CUAUCUUACCUUGCUGAAUUUUCUUCACAUCACCCACUACACCCCUCUUUCCCUACACCUGGUUCUUUUAAACCACACAACUCAAAACAUGUCCCAAGAAGAGUUUAUUGCUUCAAAUGCAGAAUUGAAGGCUCAAGUUGAAUACUUGGCAAAAGAAGUGGCAAAGCUCACUAAAUUCAAGUUGAGUAUGGUUCAAACUCCCGAAGAAAGUGAAGAUGAAGAUGAUGCUAGUUCUGUUGCUACCUUAAGAGCUAGAACCCCGGAGAAGUCAGCCUCUGAUUUCAAAAUUGACAUGCCCACUUUCGAAGGAAAGAACGAUCUUGAUGACUUUCUUGAAUGGUUAGAGACCGUUGAACGUGUCUUUGACUUCAAGGAUGUCUCCGAAGAAAAGAAGGUCAAACUCGUGGCCUUAAAGUUCAGAAAGUAUGCGUCAACAUGGUGGACCAACGUCACCAUUAGGAGUAGGAGAGAAAACAAGUCCCCGGUGACCUCGUGGACCAAGAUGCGAACACUCUUGAAGAAGAAGUUUCUGCCCGAGAACUACAUACGAGAAAACUUUUCUAAGCUUCAAUACUUGAAGCAAGGCUCUCGUUCUGUAGAGGAAUACAACCGAGAGUUCGAGGAACUAUUAUUAAGGAAUAUCAAGGGUUAUACAGUAAUGUACCAGAAGAAACAACACCUCCUCCGCUCCCAAAUCAAAAAAGGUUUUAAAGGAAUAGUCGGUGGGCUUCUUGCAAAGAAAGGUAAGCGUGCUCAGCCUUCGACGAGUUCAAGUGGUACAACAGUAAGCUCGCACAACGAACUUGCUAUGUACCAAGAGGUGCCAUGCAAUUACAACGACGAUGACGUGGAGUUUGACGUCCUCGGAAUGCUAGCAAGACAAGUGUUGUCCGUCCCGGUAUGCUAGCAAGACAGUAAGCUCGCACAACGAACUUGCUAUGUACCAAGAGGUGCCAUUCGAUUACGACGACGACGUGGAGUUUGACGUCCU